AUGGCGGCUGUCGUACCAUCAGCCGAUAUGACGAUUCAGAAGAAUUCUCAAAUUUUAGUUAAUGUGGAAGAAGCUUUGGCUGAUUUGCUCGUCGUGUCUUAUUGCAGUGAAAAUAAAAAGUUUCAAGGUGUUCUCCUAGAUUCCAACAAAGGUAAUCUGCCUUUUGGAGUCUAUAGUCUUCAUCCAGCAUUUACUAAAAAAGCAGCUGAUACCCAAAAUGAACAAGAUAAGCUCUAUUCUGCUAGCCAAAGAUUUUCGUAUCAAGAGCCUCAAUACGCUUCAGAAAAUGACCAGAAGUCUAAAAAAAUUGGACCCAAGGGCAAAGCACAACAAAGGCAAAAGAUGACGGUACGACUUCGACCGAGAAAGGUCUUGUGUUCCAAUUGCCAAGGGAUUUGCAACGAAAACAGUGAAAAUGUGGACGUGUCUAAAAAACGCAAAUUAGAUUCCGAUGACGAUGUGCAAGACUCUGAGUCAUCGCAUCACGGGAAAAAGUACCUCGUGGGCAGCAUGCUGAUUCCCAAGCUAUCACGAUUACACCCUAAGGAAAUAUCAAAUGCUAUCAAAGGUGGUUCCAAAAAUUCUAAUAAGACUAGUGAAAAGACUAAUAAACUUAAAAGUGAGAAACCUGCUGAUGAUGAAGGAGUGACGCAAGAACUUGCCUUUGUCAGUGUUCCUGAAGGUGACGAUUGCCUCAGGCCUGACUCAAAGGACGACAGUGAUGAGGCACCAUUUAGUUCCAUGUUCUCAAGUGCUCGCACCCUCAAAAUAUGUUUCGGGGAAGGCGAAGGCACUGUUGUGAAAAUACCACCACUAUCAGGAGAGUUCAAUGAAGAUUCCGGAGUUUCCUGUGAUAUGGCAAAACCUACUAAACCAAAUGCAAAAUCAUCAAAGAAAGCCAUGAAAAAGGCAAAGAAAUAUGCUAAAAAACAAAGCCCAACAGAAACAGAUCCCUGGAUGGAACAGUCUCCUAAGCAUGUAGGGGCGUUGUCUCCAAGAAAUGUUUCAAACCAACCCACAACAGAUCCGUUAGAAAAAAAACACAGAAUUAAACACAAGAAAAAGUACAAAGCCCAGAAAAAACGUGAUGAAAACACAAGUAAAUGUACAGAUAGUGAAUCUAUGGACUAUUUUAGUGAUAUAAAGGACCACUGUUUAAAUCAGAAACUGUCAAUUAGCUUGCGAAGACUCAGCGGUGACUCAUGUGAGAAUAAAAAUGAGAAAGAUGGCUUGGAGAGUGACUCUGAUGACUGUGAGAGUGAGGUAGUGCCAGAUUUUCCUGCCAAUGGGCCAGAGGGCAGUGGAGGGCGUAACAUACGGGUGUCUCCAGGGGACGUGGUUUGGGGCAAGGUGGUGGGUUUCCCCUGGUGGCCGGGCCGCGUCCUCAGUAUCUCUCCGACGUCACGAGCACACGUUGCGUGGUACGCUUCUACUACAUCGUCAAUGAUGCCAUGUGAUAGUUUGAGUCCAUUUUUAGAAGAUUUUAAGAUACGCUUUAAGAAGAAAAAGAGAGGUCCAUACAAAGAGGCUGUGAAACAAGCAACGCUAGAAGCAAAAAGAUGUGAAUCUCAUAUGAGUGAUCCGCUAGCCAGUCCUACGCACCCGAACCUCACUGCCAUGUCACCCCGUGCUAUAGAUGUGUUCUCGUAAUUUACUAAGGUAUUUGGUACGAAUUUAUUCAAAUUGAUGUGAUAUUAUAUGGACUUGGUUGUCUGCACAAAUAACGGCUGGAGCCAUGCCAAAGUGAACUAUGAGUUCUGUGUUAUAUAAAAAUUUAUGAUUUAUGUUAUAUUUUUUAUGUAUUGUAUAGUCAAAUGCACACUUGCAAUUUUGUUUCAGCCUAUUUGUAAACAUUUAUACAGGUACGUUCAUAGUCAAAAGUGAAGAUGGACAUUUGACUAUACACAUCAUACAUUAUUUUAGUUAUGUUAUAUUUUUUAUAAUCUUUUUUCUGACAAAUUAAAAUUAUGAUACUUGUGAUAAUAAGGCCACUAAAAUAGUGUUUGUAAAUAUAUAAGUUUUCUAAAGGCUAAAGAUAUACAUUUAUUUGAUUUGGUAUGGCCCCAGUAACAGGCCAAUAUGAAACCAUUAAAAUUUAUGAAAUAAUGUGACUUACAUUUACAGAAGAUUUAUUCCAAUAUUAUUAGAAUCAUAAUGGCCUGUAAAUUGUACUUUAGAUCUUAGGUAAACUAGGUGAUUAAGAAAUUAAUUAGGCCACUAAUUUUGAUUUGAAGAACCUGUAAUGUUUAAGGAUCAUAGACAAUUACUAUUGUGUGAUGAAGUAAGACUACUGCCAGACGAAACUCUUCCUUAUCAACUAUGACUUUCCAACUAUCCCACCAUGGAAUUCUGAGUACCAAGGGUUUUGUGACACUAAGAGCUAUCCAUCCAUGUAAUAAAAUGUAUACGCAGAUGUAAGGAGUUUCCUCAAAAGUUUAUCCCAAAAGGGAUUUGUACUUCAUCACAAUUUUUGUCUAUGGCUUGCAGUUAAAUCUGCAACACCUUAGCAUUGUAAAUUGGCAAUGAAGUUCUUUAUUGCGGUUCCAAACUUUAAAACAAUUACAAUUUUAUUUUUGAAUCUCUGCUACAUAAAAAUUAUGCAAUUCUAAAUGUGCGUAGACUUUUAUUUACUAAAUACUCCUUCGUUGUACAGUCAGGAGC